UUCAGCUUUCUGGCUUUUGUGCAUUAUAUCUUAUGAUAACUUAAACUUCGAAGAAGACAAUUCUGCAAGCAGAAUAUUGUGCAGAUGGCAAUGGCAAGAAAAGGAUUUGGGAAGAAACCAGCAAUGAAAAUUUGUGUUGAGGAAGAAGUUCGUAUGGCAGUAGAACUUAAGAUUGAUCAAUUCUUGGCAGGUGAUGAACAAGAAUUGGAAUUCCCUUCAUCUUUCAGCAGUACAGAUAGAGCUUAUAUCCAUAAAAUAUGUGUGCAGUAUGGUCUGAAAUCAAAGAGCAAAGGGAAAGGUGUCAAUCGUUAUAUGACUAUUAAAAAGAAGAAAAAGAAUGAUCACUCAAACUCAGCUACGUUAUUUAAUUUUGGACAGAAUUCAUCAAGAGUAUUACACUCAUUGUUGCACAGAUGGCCAGUCAAGCUCAAAGAAAAGAUGGAACUACAACCAAAAUCUGCUAAACAGUCGCAUGGAACGGCAUCUGAUGGUGUUGGAUUUCGACCAGAUGCAAGCAAAACAAGUGGUAGACUAAACAAUGGAAUCCCUCAAGUUCCUGUUAAGAGGGGGAGGUCUGAUCUUGAUGCUUUCAGAAAAACUCUGCCUGUUGCCGGUAUGGCUGAACAACUUGUUGCUGCUGUUGAAAAAUAUCCUGUUGUUUUGAUAUGUGGAGCGACUGGAUCAGGGAAAACAACACAGAUCCCACAAUUUAUUCUUGAUGAUUGUUAUGCCCGUGGAGAAAAGAGAUGCAGGAUUCUUUGUGCUCAACCACGAAGAAUAUCUGCUGUGGCCAUGGCAGAACGUGUAGCAGCAGAAAGAGGAGAAUGUGUUGGACAUACUGUCGGAUAUCAAAUUCGGUUGGAAAGCAGAGUUUCACCAAGAACACUCCUCACAUUUUGUACAAAUGGUGUAUUACUUCGUACACUGAUGGCUGGAGAUAAUUCAUUGUCAACUGUUACUCAUGUCAUUGUGGAUGAAGUACAUGAACGAGACAGGUUUUGUGAUUUUUUGUUGAUCAAACUUCGUCAACUAAUUCAGUCACAAAAAUCAAUAUCUCCGAGACAUCAGAAAUUUAAACUUGUAUUAAUGAGUGCUGCAUUGGAUGUUGAAUUGUUUGUCAACUACUUUUCUUCAUGCCCAGUGAUAAAUAUACCUGGUAAGAUGUAUGAUGUGAAAGAAUAUUACUUGGAAGAUAUUCUGAAAAUGACUGGCAAGUUUGGCACUGAAGUUCUCAACAUAAAAGACUUUGAUAAAAUGCAGAAUGAAAAGCAAAAGAAAUUGCCUGAUACUGCCAAUGCGAUUGAAGAGGAUCAUGGUGUAUUGAAAGAGAAUGAAAAUAUGUUGCUAAGCGGUGGAAGUGAGGCAGAUAGCUGGAGAAUAAGAGCAAUGGAUGAAGCGUUAUAUGCGUUGUGGCAUAAAGCAGCUGUUAUUAUGGAUGGAGAUAGCAAUGACGAACAACCUUCACCAUUUCCACAAAUAUUUCAUCUUAUUCAGUCUGAGAAUGUACCAGUUGACUAUAGGCAUAGUGAAACUGGCGUCACUGUAUUAAUGGCAUCUGCUAUGCAAGGAGCUUUUGAAGAAUGUGGAAAAUUAAUUUCAUUCGGAGCUGAUGCAACAUUGAAAGCAGCAAAUGGCUGGACUGCUGCUGAUAUGGCUUUGCAACUGGGACAUCAAGAUUUGGGAGAAGUUCUUUCAGCUGUAAUAGAACAACAAGCCAAUUUCCCUGAUGACAGCUCUUCAAAUGAUAAAUCGCGAGACAAUCGUCAUUCUAAUUUGACCGAACAAAAUUUUGAAAUGUCUGAAGAAGACAGACAACUUGUUGCGAAAUAUCAACAAAACUUUGAUGAUGAAAGAGUAGAUACUGAUCUUAUCAUGCAACUCUUAACAGUGAUAUGCAAAAAUAAUGACAAUGGUGCAAUACUUGUGUUCCUGCCUGGAUAUGAUGAUAUAAUAACAUUGAGAGAGAUGAUAUUAUCUGAUGAAUUCUCAAUCGAACUUGGGAAUGUCAAACUCUUUCUUUUGCAUUCGAGUAUGCAGUCAUCUUCUGAUCAAAAACAAGUUUUCAAGCUGCCGCCACCAGGAUAUCGAAAAAUUAUUUUAUCAACUAACAUUGCAGAAACUGCUGUAACCAUUGAAGAUGUUGUUUAUGUCGUUGAUGCUGGAAAAGUUAAAAUCAAAAUAUAUGAAGCCUUAACAUCAACUUCAACUUUAAAAUCUGUUUGGAUUUCAAAAUCAAGUGCAUUGCAGAGGAAAGGAAGGGCUGGUAGAUGCAGACCCGGUAUCUGUUUUCAUUUGUUCAGUCGAUCAAGAUACGUUGCAAUGUCACAAUAUCAAACUGCUGAGUUAUUGAGAACACCUUUGCAUGAAUUGUGCCUUCAGGCGAAACUUCUAUCAGUACCACCUAAGCGUAGACGAAGUAGAAGUGACGGAUCUUCAGAAUUUGAUGAUUUAAAGCAAGAACAGGCAGAUUCAAUUGCUGAUUUUUUAUCAAAAGCUCCUGAAGCUCCAUCGAGAAUAAUGCUGGACAAUGCUGUCGAUUUACUGAAGACCAUUGAUGCUCUGGAUCCAUGGGAAGAUCUUACUGAACUGGGCCAUCAUCUGGUUGAUUUACCAAUAGAACCCAGACUUGGAAAAAUGGUUCUAUAUUCAGUUGUAUUAAAAUGUCUGGACCCAGUAUUGACAAUAGCAUGUGCUCUUGCAUAUAAAGAUCCUUUCGUAUUGCCGCAAGCUCCAGAGGAAAAAAGACAAGCUACAAACUGCAGGGCCAAAUUUUCUGCAGGAGCAUUCAGUGAUCACAUGUGUCUACUUCGUUCGUUCCAAGCAUGGCAGAAAGCAAAAAGUGAUGGAUGGGAACGUGCUUUUUGUGACAAAAAUUAUCUUUCUUCAGCUACAAUGCAGAUGAUUAUUGGCAUGAGAACCCAAUUACUUGGACAACUGAGAGCAGCAGGAUUUGUCCGAGCAAGAGGUGGUAGUGAUAUCAGAGACUUGAAUACUAACUCAGAAAAUUGGGCUGUUGUCAAGGCAGCUUUAUGUGCAAGUGCGUAUCCAAGCAUUUUACGAUAUGAUCGAGAAAAAUUCUGGCUCACUUCGAGACAACAUAAGAAAGUUAGAUUUCAUGCUUCGUCGGUUUUAUCGAGAUCUUCAAACAGGAAGAAUCAAAACACACAAGUCGAUGCUCUUCUUGCUCUUCCUACUGACUGGGUUGUAUAUGAUGAACUCACAAUGGCUGCUGGAUAUUUUUCUGGUCUUGCAACUGCAAGAUGUUGUACUGCUGUCACUCCUGCUUGUAUAUCCUUGUUUACUGGCCCUGCUCAUUUGCCACAGGAAGCAGUCAUUGAACCAGAUAUCAACACACAGCAAUCUGAAUUUUUUUAUCCUAAUGAUAGUGAUAGUGAAAAUGAUGAUAACGAUGGAAGCAAAUAUGCAACAUUACUUAUAACUGAUUGGAUCAGGUUGAAGAUGGAUCCACAGUUGUGUGAAAUGAUACUCGACCUUCGAACAAAAUGGUACAGUUUAUUUUUACGUCGCAUUCGUGGUCCUGCGAAACCAUGGUUACCAGAAGAUGAAGCUGUUUUAUCCACUAUUAUCAAUAUCUUGAGCAGUGAGGACCAAGCUCAUAACUUACUGCAACCUUCUGGAAUAGGACAGCGUCCUCGACCUAUGUCACAGGAAGAUACUCAGCGUGGUUUCACGGGAGUUAAAAUCAGAACACCAAGCAAAAAUAAACCUGAUACGGCAUCAAGAAGCAGAAUGAGUUCAUCAAGCUCCAACAGAUCAUUAUCAGGACGUCUGUCGGCAUCCCUUGGAAUUGAUGAUAGAAGCUGUGGCUCCAGUCCAUGUCUUUCACCACAAUCUCCCAUUGACGGUGAAACUGUUGCUAAAAUUGCACCACUAAAACAAGUGACCUAUCUAGCUGUUCUCUGCAAAGCUCAGAAGAAUAUCCAAAUUUCUCAGAGAAAUGGUGUGUGGCUUACCACUGCAAUAGAAGAAAAAUCUUUGUCAUUUGCUUUUCAAAAUUCUUCAAAAGUUCUUCUACUUGUGUUUUUGCAAGACACAACGUUUCUUCAGGGUUACGCGAGACUAACUUCACCUGGCACUUUUUUUACCAACGAAAGUGAAAGUCAGAAUUUUGGGUGGGAGAAAGAAGAUGAUUCUGAUUUGACUUCUUAUUUUUCUGUAGAAUGGAUAAUAAAAACCACAAGACAUAUUGAAGCACCUCCCAAUCAAUUUGAGAACUCAUCAAUUUGGGAACUUGAUCUUACUGAUGGAGAUCAGCUCAUUGCCCAAUAUGGGUGUGAUUCAUCCUCACAGGUUACCACCACCUUUUCUCCACCCACUCAACAAUUCAUACCCAAUAAUUUCCCUGCAUUUGGUUAUCCCUCAGCCCCCAAUGUUUCUCCAGCAAACAUGUUCAAUCCGUAUCAUCAAGGUGGUUCCCCUUCCACACUUCACCCCAUAUAUCAACGAUAUCCCAACAUGGGGCAGUUUUAUAAUUCAUACCAAUAUCCUCCCCAUCAGCAACCAGGAUUCACCCAGCCUGUAAUUCCCCCAAGUUCGAAUAUAUCUGGCCAGCUUCAGUCCUUCAAUUUCCUAAGACAAAAUAAGUAAUAAAAAUUUGUAAUAGUCUUAUGUGAGUUAACUAAAUUUUUGUAAGAUUUCAUGUUCCAUCAAGCUUAACUUAUCAAAGUGAGGUUAAGUAUUCAUGCAGUGCAAGGGUGAUUUUUAUAACACUGACUAACCAUAUGCUGAACCAUUGCCUCACCACCACUUAUGGAGCGGUGGUAAUUAAGAAAUAACAAGAUGCCAUCCAUAGCAGCUGCAGACGGCGUCACUUUGAAUAUGAUUAUUUUGAAUCGUCUUAUGCUGCAUUGCGAAUUAAUGUCAGAGCUGCUCUUUGGUGUUGUUGCAUUUCAAGUUCAUUUUCUGUUCUUUUAUAUACUGUGUUUGGUUUAUUUAGUAUUGUUAUUUAAACAAAUCACUGUUCUAUUUGUUUAUUUUGGUUGAAAUCAUAAUAUAAAAAUAAAGCUUAAUGAGGGAG